AUGUCGACCCGUCCUGCCUGGCGAGCUCUGCACUACAGUGCUAAGCGCCGCGCUGUUCAGCCCCCUACUCCCUACCGCUGCUUCUCCUGCACCCGCCAGGCCCAGGACCAGACCAAACCUGGCAAUGAACGCAUGACACACUUCGGAUUCACCAAUGUGCCCGAGUCGGAGAAAGAGUCGCGAGUCGGCGCCGUCUUCAGCUCCGUCGCUUCCUCGUACGACACCAUGAACGAUCUCAUGUCCCUGGGCAUUCAUCGCCUCUGGAAAGAUCACUUCGUUCGCUCUCUGAACCCUGGCACGCCCAUGGCCUCCCGCCCCGCCGACGCCAAAGACCAAGGCUGGAACAUCCUCGAUAUCGCCGGCGGGACCGGCGACAUCGCCUUCCGCAUGCUCGACCAUGCCACCAACAUCAACCACGACAUGCAAACCCGCGUCACCAUCAGCGACAUCAACGCCGACAUGCUGGCCGAGGGCCGUAAGCGCUCAGUCACCACCCCCUACUACAACACCAACCGGCUCGCCUUCGUCGAGGCCAAUGCCGAGCAUAUGCCGCACAUCCCCGACGCCUCGAUUGACUUGUACACCGUCGUCUUCGGCAUCCGCAACUUCACCGACAAGCAGGCUGCGCUGAACGAGGCCUUCCGCGUGCUCAAGCCCGGCGGCGUCUUCGCCUGCAUGGAGUUCAGCAAGGUCGACAACCCGGUCUUCGAUGCCGUCUACAAGCGCUGGAACUUCAGCGCCAUCCCGCUCAUCGGCCAAUUGGUCGCCGGCGACCGCGACAGCUACCAGUACCUCGUUGAGAGCAUCGAGCGCUUCCCCAGCCAGGAGGAGUUCCGCGGCAUGAUCCAGAAGGCUGGGUUUAUGAUCCCCGGGCGUGGCUUUGAGAACUUGACGGGCGGCAUUGCUGCUAUUCACAAGGGUAUCAAGCCGAUUGUGAAGGCGUAG